GUUUUCAAUAAUAAUCUCUCUGCCCGGAUACCUACCCUGCCAUGACCUCUUCCCCUGAAUUUACUCUCUCUCGCAAGGUGGGACGAGACCACGGUCUUCGUUCCAUCCCAAUCGUACGCCCCGACCCGACUCAAGGGGAGCUCCCUAGCAGACCGUUGCAAACGGCCAGGCGACCUCUUCGACCUCUCGCUCGAACGGCAGGAGAAAACCAUCUCGAGUCGAGUCAAGAACAGCGUCGCGUAAUUGGGUGGCUUCAUCCUUGUGACGAGAGCUCGCCUCUCGCGUCAAUCGAGCUCGAAAGAAGCAAGUCCACGUACAAGAUUGGGCGACGCGAAUCUACGAAUGAUAUCGUGUUCCCUGGCACCCAUGUCAGCAGUCAACACUGCGUUAUCUUGAUAGACGAGUCCGCCGACCAGGCUGAGAGCGUGAUCAUCAAAGAUUUAUCCAAAUGUGGUACCUUCAUUGAUGGUGUACCUGUCGGCCGUAACCAGUCUUGCUUGCUCCGACACGGUUCUACUAUAUCCCUUGGCCAGUCAUGCCCCCAUAAGGAUUUGAGCAAAGACUAUCGCUUCCGAUUUCGCCAUGUAGCUGCUACCACUCGUCGCAAGGGCAUCCACCAACACUAUGACCUAACAACCGAAUUAGGUCACGGAGCUUCUGGGAAAGUCGUUCGAGCAAUGUGCCGCAGGACGAGCAAGUGGUAUGCCGUGAAGAUCGUCAGUCAACCACACCACCCGUUCCGACAUCCCAACAAAUUCGCGACGUUCACGCGGGAGGUCGAAAUAUUGCGACAGUUGAAGCAUCGCAAUGUCUGUAGGCUGAAGAGCGCCUUUGUUGAGGAAGGUGAUCCCGCGAUAUAUCUAGUCCUCGAGCUCGUAAACGGAGGCAACCUUCUCGAUUUGAUAAGAAUGCACGAAGGGCUUGACGAGCCAUUGUCACAGCACAUCGUUCAUCAGGUCUGUUUAGCGCUCUCCUACGUCCACACCAAAGGGAUAGCGCACCGUGAUCUGAAGCCAGAGAACGUUCUUCUCACGAAGGAUACGCCUCCCAUAGUCAAGGUCGCUGACUUUGGUUUGGCCAAAUCUAAGGACAGCAAGUCCUUACUGAAGACAAUGUGUGGGACCUACAGCUAUCAAGCCCCCGAAAUUGGUCUGCCUAGCAAAGAUGGGUACCAACCAUCUGUCGAUAGCUGGAGCCUCGGGGUGAUGGUCUUCUUCAUGUUAACCGACAAGCUCCUCUUUACGGACAACAAUGGUCUCGAGGACUAUUGGUCGUAUAGCGAGCGGAUCAUUGACUGGGGUCCAUUGGAGGAGACGAACGUCAGCCCCACAGGUCAAAGCUUCGUCAAAGACCUUCUCCAGUAUUGGUCAGAAGACCGACUCAGCUCCUCUGAAGCCCUCGUCCAUCCUUGGAUCGCACAUCUCCAACCCAAGGCUGCCGUCGAUUGCGAAACAAACACCAGCGUUUCGUCGUCCCAGAACUCACAGACCUCGGCGGAUAGCAAGAACAAUGCUCGCCGUCGCCGUGGCAGCAAUGCAUCGACGGUGGUAGAUACUACGCAGUCGGAUGGAUCGUCGAGCCAGAGCCAGAAGAACGAUGGUCUGCCGCUUGAGAGGAAGGACGAGGAAGUCAGUUUGCUGACCGCAAAGGCGACUGGUUCGGGGACGGUGGUGCCUUCAGGGAGGAGUGAUAAUGCUUCAAGCCGGAGGGAUGAUGAUGGAAGUGCGGAAGUGAACAGGCUGAAGCGGAAGUUGUCGAUCGGAACGGGUGUAUCGAUUGGCAAUGUGUGGAAGAUGAAGAGGAAGUCGCCGGACGAAGGCAAUGGAGGGUAUAAGCCCUCUGCUCGAGGUAGUGUGGCGGGUGGGAGUUUGACGAAGAAAGAGCUGGCUGGCGAUGAUGGUGGCUCUGAUGGGAGUGCGGCGAAGGGGAGGCUCUCUGGUCAGGACAAAGUGGCUGGUGGAUGCUCGGUGAAGUGGAAGUCAUCAAGUCGGGACGGGGCCGCGGGCGGCAGUCCGGUGAAGAGGAAGUCGACCAAUGUGGACGGCAUGGCGAACGAGGGUCCGGCGAAGAAGAAGAAGUGAGCCGGCGGGAGGUGGUGGUGUUGGUCCCCCGUAUUCAUUUCUAUUUGUGUGUCACGAACGCUCUGUGUUGCUUCGCCUCUUCCUCUCCCCGUCUCUAUAUUUGUCGCCAUGCUUUCAUCGUCAUCGAUCUGUGUGCCAUUGCCUAUGGCACCUCUGUCUUAUCUACGCGUAGACCUACUUAGUAUCGUAUUGCUUUGGACUUGCUUAGUACCCUGGAGAUUCCGAAUUCAAGGGACUCAAAUCCAG